AUGCUUGUGAAACAUAAAUGGAGGAAAUAACAGCACGUGUGGAAUAAUAAACCUGACUUACUUCCGCGUUACCACGUAAUCAUCAUCUUCUUCAACAACGCGCAUACAAGCUGCGACCUUCUUCUUCUUAUAACUGUACUUAUCACACAUACAUGUAUAUAUACACUCACGAGCCGCCAUUUUCACUAUACUGUCAGCUCCAAAAUAUACCUGAAUAAGUGAAUAUACAUCAAAGCCCUAAUCUAUCAUCUAUAUAUAUAUCCAUCUCUCUCUCUCUCUCUCUGCAUUUAGACAUAUGGACGCAUCGCCCAAGUACACAGGUGUACGGAAGAGGAAGUGGGGAAAAUGGGUGGCUGAGAUUCGUCUCCCUAACAGCCGUGAAAGGAUCUGGUUAGGCUCUUUCGACUCAGCCGAGAAGGCUGCGCGUGCUUUCGACGCGGCUCUUUACUGUCUUCGUGGCCCCGGAGCGCGUUUCAACUUCCCCGAGAAUCCUCCGGAAAUACCCGGCGGUCGUUCUCUGACGCCGCAGCAGAUUCAGGUCGUAGCUAGCCGUUUCGCCUGCGAGGAGGAGCACUUGCCACCGGAACAACAUCAUCCGUCUUCGCCACGUGGCGAUCAUAAGACGGAGGAAGAAGGGAUAAUUCCGGCACGUGGGGGAAUUAAUAGUGGUAGUGGUGGGCCUACGUUAGGGCAAGUUGGGGAAGAUAAUAACAACGAGGGUAAUAGUAAUAGCGACACGACGUCGUAUUGGCCUUUUAUAUGGGAGGAGGAGAAUCUUGUAGGUCCUCCUAACUCAGAUCAUGAGUUUGGUUUUUUCACGGAUGAUUCAACCAAUUUGUACUUCCCGACACAACAUCAGCUCUCGUCUGAUUUUUACUAUGAUGGAGCUUGUGAAGAUGAUUUCUCUCAUUACAACAUUAACCUUUGGAAUUUCUGAGAUCCAUUUUUUGGUGAUCUUGGACCAAAUAUUCCUAUAUUGAUUCAUUCAAUUUGUGGAUUUCGAAUUCGAGAUUUCAGAUGAUCUUGAAGCAGAAUUUCCACCACCCACUAGUAGUGUGAAUCAUUUGUUUGAAGCCUAUCCUAUAUGCCACAAUGUAAGCAAGCCUCUUACUUCUUUAUGGUAAAGUAAUAUAGCUUCACUACUUUAUCAUCCUAUUCUUCUUCUUCUUCUUUUUGUUUAUUAAAACCAUCUGUUUCACAUUAUUAUUAAUUUUUUAUUUGUAUUUGUGCGUGCUUUGUAUUACCUGGCACAAUGUAAUUUUCUUUCUUUUCUAAGAUUCGCUUGCAUUUUUGUACAAAGCCAAUCUUGGCCCCCCUAUCUUUUGGUCUUAUAGAUGGUUUUUGAAGUACGCAAGGUUCCAUAUGUUGUUUUCUAUAAAGUACUCACGUUUUGCGUCGGUGAAAUGUUGUUAUAUAAAUAAAUUUUUGUAUUAAAAUGUACAAAUAUCAUGUAAAUGAUGUUAGUUCAACUA